AUAAAAAAGUAAAUAUAGAGCAGUUUUUCAUUCUUCACCUCCAGCUCUAAAUCUAGCACCUCUUGCAUUAAAACCCUAAUCCAAACAAAAUUCCCACAAUAGACUCCAAGACUCUGGGUAAAAAACCGAAAAAUUGCCCCAAUUUUGAUCCGGCACACAGGUUUCUGAUACUUUAUUUAAAAAUCAUAGAAUCCCCUUUGCAAUUCUGAAUCUUGUACUCAUUUUAGCAUUCUUUGUAGUUUAUCCUGAUUUGGAAUUUGGUCUGUUUUAACAAAUUUAUUCGCUUUCCUCUCUUCAAUUAAAUUCCAAUUUGAAAUGGGAGCUGAAAAGAAAUGGCUAUACACCCUGUUUUUGGGGGCAUUUAUCACAUUUCUGAUAUUCUCGUCGUUUAUUUCGGGAUUUGGUUCUUCCUAUUACUAUGCUUUCCCUCCAAGCAAGCAAUUUUCUUCGACCGUCGAUCACGGGCCGGGCCGCCCGCCGUCGUUCGCCUUCUACAUUUCGGGCAAGCGCGGCGAUGGGGAUCGGUUGUACCGCCUGCUUCUGGCGGUGUACCACCCGAGGAAUAGGUAUUUGCUGCAUAUUUCGGCCGAUGGGAGCGAUGAAGAGAGGGUUAGGCUCGGGGAAAUGGUGAAGUCCUUCCCGGCGGUUCGGGCCUUCGGGAACGUGGAUGUGAUCGGAAAGCCCGAUCCGAACACCUACAUGGGGUCCACCAAUCUCGCGGCUAUUUUGAGAGCGGUUGCGAUUUUACUGAAGGUGGAUGAAGGUUGGGAUUGGUUUAUCUCUCUCAGCGCCACGGAUUAUCCCCUAAUUACGCAAGAUGACUUGUCUCAUGUGUUCUCGUCAAUUAGGAGGGAUCUGAAUUUCAUAGAUCACACUAGUGAACUGGGAUGGAAAGAAAGCCAAAGAAUUCAGCCCAUUGUAGUAGAUCCAGGUAUUUAUUUAGCAAGGAAAACACAAAUCUUUCAUGCUACUCAAAAGCGAUCAUUGCCUGAUGCUUUCACGGUUUUCACAGGUUCCCCAUGGGUCGUAUUAAGUCGUCCCUUCCUUGAAUUUUGUGCGUUUGGCUGGGAUAAUCUACCACGAACUCUUCUAAUGUACUUCACCAACGUCGUUCUGUCCGAAGAAGUCUAUUUCCACACUGUUAUUUGUAAUUCACCAGAGUUUAGUAACACAACCGUGAAUGCUGACUUGAGAUUUUUUAUCUGGGAUGACCCGCCAAAGAUGGAGCCUCAUGUCCUCAGCAGCUCAGAUUAUGAGGAGAUGGUCAAAAGCGGAGCUGCUUUUGCAAGGCAGUUUGAGAAAGAUUCAGUGGUGCUCGACAUGAUCGAUAGGAACAUCCUGAAACGGAAUCCAAACCGUGCCACACCAGGCGCAUGGUGUAGGGGUCGGAGGAGCUGGUGGAUGGAUCCAUGCUCACAGUGGGGGGACGUGAACGCUGUGAAGCCGGGCCCUCAAGCGAACAAGUUUGGCAACUCCAUUGACAAACUCCUUGAUGGUUGGAAUGAGAGGUCGGACAUGUGCGUGAAAUGAGAGUUUGUGGGGAAGAAGGUUUGAACAUUGUUUUUGAGGUUGGGGAAUGCAUUCUUUGGUGGCUUAUGUGAGGGGUUUGAAAGCUGGAAGGAGGCGUGGCAGCCAUUGGUGUGGCGGAGGAAGAGAAUUCUCUGUACAGACUCUCACUGAAUAGUCUUCCAAGUAUACCAAGAAAGCCCCUCUCAACCCGUGCACCCUUUUCGCGAAAUGCAGCAUCACUUUAUUACUUGAGUUGCUUCAUGUUUCGUUGUAUCCUUGGAAAUAUGUUGUAAAAACUUGAUCACCUUAAUAUAAAUGGAGAACUCAUUUCUUCACUUCA